GCAGCAGCUUCGCGCCGAGUCCCGGGGGAGCGGCGACGGGCUGCGUCCUGAGGGGCCCGGGAGGAGCGAACACCUGCCGCGGCCUGCCCGCCUGAGGAAAGGCGCUCGACUCUGGGUGUUCUGGGAUGGAGAAAGUAUACAGAGGGUGAGGACCCAACUCCGGGACCAUAUCACUUGCUUCCUUCCUUAGCAAGAUCAUCAGCUUGAGCAAACUCAAGCCCAUGCUAAAGAUGUCUGUGGGCCACUCACUGCUCCCCCUUUGGGGGAGGACCUUUCUCCUUCUACUCUUCAUGGCCAUGGCGCAAUCCCGCUGGCCAAGUGACCCUUCAGAAGCCGUCAGGGACUGGGAGAACCAACUGGAGGCAUCCAUGCACUCUGUGCUUUCCGACCUUCAUGAGGCUGUUCCCACCGUGGUUGGCAUUCCUGAUGGCACAGCUGUCGUCGGCCGCUCAUUUCGAGUGACCAUUCCAACAGAUUUAAUUGCCUCCAGUGGAGAAAUAAUCAAGGUGUCUACAGCUGGGAAGGAGGCCUUGCCAUCUUGGCUUCACUGGGACCCACAAAGUCACACCCUGGAAGGCCUCCCCCUUGACACCGAUAAGGGUGUGCAUUAUAUCUCAGUGAGUGCUGCCCGCCUGGGCGCCAAUGGCAGUCACGUCCCCCAGACCUCCAGUGUGUUCUCCAUUGAAGUCUACCCCGAGGACCACAGUGAGCCCCAGUCUGUGAGGGCGGCGUCGCCAGACCCUGGUGACAUAGUGUCUUCUGCUUGUGCUGCUGACGAGCCAGUGACGGUCCUAACAGUGAUUCUAGAUGCUGACCUCACCAAGAUGACCCCAAAGCAGAGGCUCGACCUUCUGCACAGGAUGCGCAGCUUCUCAGAGGUGGAGCUUCACAACAUGAAGUUGGUGCCAGUGGUGAAUAAUAGACUAUUCGACAUGUCCGCUUUCAUGGCCGGCCCCGGCAACGCAAAGAAGGUGGUAGAGAAUGGGGCUCUACUCUCCUGGAAGCUGGGCUGCUCCUUGAACCAGAACAGUGUGCCUGACAUUCGUAGCGUCGAGGCCCCUGCCCGGGAGGGCGCUAUGUCUGCCCAGCUCGGCUAUCCGGUGGUGGGUUGGCACAUUGCCAACAAGAAGCCCCCUCUUCCCAAACGGAUCCGGCGGCAGAUCCAUGCCACACCCACGCCCGUCACUGCCAUCGGACCCCCAACCACAGCCAUCCAGGAGCCACCAUCCAGGAUCGUGCCCACCCCUACAUCACCAGCCAUCGCUCCUCCCACAGAGACCCUGGCUCCUCCCGUCAGGGAGCCCGUUCCCGGGAAGCCCACGGUAACCAUUCGGACUCGAGGUGCCAUUAUUCAGACCCCCACCCUGGGCCCUAUCCAGCCCACGCGGGUAUCAGAAGCUGGCACCAUGGUUCCCGGCCAGAUUCGUCCAACCAUGACCAUUCCUGGCUACGUGGAGCCCACGGCAGUGGUUACGCCUCCCACCACUACCACCAAGAAGCCCCGAGUAUCUACCCCCAAACCAGCCACGCCUUCGACUGAUUCCUCAGCCACCACGACUCGCAGGCCAACCAAGAAACCUCGGACCCCCCGCCCAGUGCCCCGAGUCACCACCAAAGCUCCCAUCACCAGACUGGAGACGGCCUCCCCACCCACUCGUAUCCGAACCACAACCAGCGGCGUGCCUCGUGGUGGGGAGCCCAACCAGCGCCCAGAGCUCAAGAAUCACAUCGACCGGGUAGACGCCUGGGUGGGCACCUACUUUGAGGUGAAGAUCCCAUCAGACACCUUCUAUGACCUCGAGGACACCACCACCGACAAGCUAAAGCUGACCCUGAAGCUGCGCGAGCAGCAGCUGGUAGGCGAGAAGUCCUGGGUGCAGUUCAACAGCAACAGCCAGCUAAUGUACGGCCUGCCCGACAGCAGCCACGUGGGCAAACAUGAGUAUUUCAUGCACGCUACAGACAAGGGGGGCCUGUCGGCCGUGGAUGCCUUCGAGAUCCAUGUCCAUAAGCGCCCCCAAGGGGACAAGGCCCCUGCAAGGUUCAAGGCCAAGUUUACUGGUGACCCAGUGCCCCUAGUGAAUGACAUCCACAAGAAAAUCGCCUUGGUAAAGAAGCUGGCUUUUGCCUUCGGGGACCGAAACUGCAGCACCAUCACCCUACAGAACAUCACCCGGGGCUCCAUCGUCGUGGAGUGGACCAACAACACACUACCCCUGGAGCCCUGUCCCAAGGAGCAGAUCACGGGACUGAGCCGGAGGAUUGCCGAUGACACGGGGAAACCUCGGCCUGCCUUCUCCAACGCCCUGGAGCCUGAUUUUAAGGCCCUGAGCAUUGCCGUGACCGGUGCCGGCAGUUGCCAGCACUUGCAGUUUAUCCCCGUGGGGUCCAAGAAGUUACCCUCCACUGUGCCACCCACAGAGGUGCCAGACAGGGACCCCGAGAAGAGCAGUGAGGAUGACGUUUACCUCCACACAGUCAUCCCAGCCGUGGUGGUCGCGGCCAUCCUGCUCAUCGCUGGCAUCAUUGCCAUGAUCUGCUAUCGCAAGAAGCGAAAGGGCAAGCUGACCCUCGAGGACCAGGCCACCUUUAUCAAGAAGGGGGUGCCGAUCAUCUUUGCCGAUGAGCUAGAUGACUCCAAGCCCCCACCCUCCUCUAGCAUGCCACUCAUCCUGCAGGAGGAGAAGGCCCCCCUCCCCCCGCCUGAGUACCCCAACCAGAGCGUGCCCGAGACCACUCCUCUGAACCAGGACACCGUGGGAGAGUACACACCCCUACGGGAUGAGGAUCCUAACGCCCCUCCCUACCAGCCGCCCCCACCCUUCACGGCCCCCAUGGAGGGCAAGGGCUCCCGUCCCAAGAACAUGACCCCGUACCGGUCACCCCCUCCAUACGUCCCCCCUUAACUCACAAGCGCCUGGGUGGAGGCAGGGGUAGGGCAGGGGUGUGUUGUCUGUGGAGACCGGUGGCCCACAGACCCAUCGCCCACCGGUAGCCAACACCCAACCUAGCACACACUGACACAAACAGGGCCUGGACAAAGCCCGCCCUCUCUGGUCCUCCCAAACCCCCCAAAGCAGCUGGAGAAACUUUGGGGACUUUUUUUUUAAUUUUUAAUUUUAAUUUUAAUUUUUUUUUUUUUUUUUGCCUAACAGCUUUUUGUUUGUUCAUAGACAAUUCUUCGCUGCGUUUUUGAUGGCUGGCUCUGAAAGCACUGUUGGAGUAGAAGUAGCUGGAGGGGGAGCGAGGAACCGUGAAUGAACUUGCAGGCAGUGCUGGGCGCGCCCCCCCAGCCCUCUGCGUUUUGCCUUUAACACUAACUGUACUGUUUUUUCUAUUCACGUGUGUCUAGCUGCAGGUCGUAACAUGGAGAACAGUAGCUAAAGAUUUCAAGUCAAAAGGACUUUUCAGAAGUUACGGUUUUCAGUUUUUACAUUUAAUCUGCUGUUUACCUACACUUGUGAUGUAUAAUUUGGGGGUGGGUAAAGGGGGAAUUGCUUUGCUAAAAAUAAGCUCCCAGGGUGUUUCAAACUUAAAAAGAGAAGACCAAGGGACAGUAUUUUUUAUCAAAGGAAUCCUAUUUUUUCACACUUUGGUCACCUUGGUUGCUCUGAUCUCCCAGAGCCUGACUGGGGGGCCUCCUGGCCCUGGCUUAGGGGGCCAGGGCCCUGGUGCUGGAUUUGCUCUCCCACCGUUGCCAGGGGCCGGAAACCAGAGGGGCCUCUUGGGCCGAAGACAUGUCCACCUCUACCCCAUGCACGCUAGUGGCCUGCCACCCAGGGGGGUCUUCAUUUCCAUGGAGAAAGGGACUCCAAGAGGCAGUGAUGGCUGUGGCCCCCAAUCUAGGUGCUCCAAGGUGGGCCAGCUGCUCGUGGGGGGUGGGGGGGUGUGCUUGAGGAGGUCGAGGGACUCGACCACAUCAACCAAUUUUUUUCUUUUUUCCCCCUUCUCUCUGUGGUUUCCCCCACCACCCCUCCCUCCCAAAAAGGAACACCAUGGUUUUUGAAACACUCAGUGGGGGACCUUUUGGUGAAGAUGCAAUAUUUUUAUGUCAUGUGAUGCUCUUUUUUCUCACUUGACCUUGGCCGCUUUGUCCCACCAGUCCACAUCCCCACCCUGACACCCCCCACACACACCCCUAACCCCAUCCCUUUUCUCUGGCGCCCCAGUCCCCAGGCUCGGGCCUCGAACCAGCUGCCGGAAAGGGUCUGGUGGCUUGGGGCAGAGUGUGCCAGCAAUAGUUCAUAGUUUAAAAAAACAAAAACAAAAAAAAAAUCUGUGGGCUCUCAAAGCUAAUUUUUUACUCAAGUUUUUAUACAGCCUCAAAUUGUUUUAUUAAAAAAAAAAA